CUACUCCGACUAACACUGAGUAGCCAGCAGCUUUGUGUCAGUGUGCACCUCUGUCCCUAUCCAAACUGCAACCAUGAGUUUCUCCACUUCUUCCUAUUCCCCACUGAAAUCCCAGCGCCUCUUCUCCUAUGGCUCUCAGAUGGGAGGAGGUAGCAGUGCUGCCAGUGUCCAUGCUGGGGCAGGGGGCUCAGGCUCUCGGAUCUCUGUGUCCAGGGUGUCUACAGUGAGCUCUGGCUUUGGUGGUGGCUCGGGAUACAGUGGUGGCUCGGGAUACGGUGGUGGCUCAGGAUACGGUGGUGGAUUCGGUGGUGGGGUAGGAUACAGUGGUGGCUCUGGUGCAGUAGCAUCUUCAAUGAGUCUCCUAGGAAGUGGCCAGAAUGAGAAAGAGACCAUGAUUGACCUCAAUGACCGCCUGGCAUCCUACCUGGAUAGGGUACGCAGCCUGGAGUCCUCCAAUCAAACCCUGGAGCUGCAGAUUCGUCAGCAUAUGGAAAAGAAGGGACCCAUCAAGGACUGGUCUCCAUACUUCAAAACUCUGGAAGAACUGCGCAAACAGGUAUUUGAUAGAACUUUGGACAACUCUCAGCUAGUCCUGCAGAUUGACAAUGCCCGCCUUGCUGCCGAUGACUUCAGAGUAAAGUUUGAAUCCGAGUUGGCAAUCCGCCUGUCUGUGGAGACUGAUAUUAAUGGACUGCGCAAAGUAAUAGAUGACACCAAUAUCUCCAGACUCAACCUGGAGAAUGAGAUCGAGUCCCUGAAGGAGGAACUAAUCUUCCUUAAGAAGACCCACGAGGAUGAUGUCCAUGGGCUCCAGAGUCAGAUUGCUGGCUCCGCAUUAACAGUGGAGGUGGAUGCUCCCAAUACUCAAGAUCUAGGCAAAAUCAUGAAUGACAUCCGAGCACAAUAUGACACACUGGCACAGAAGAACCGUGAAGAUGCAGAAAAAUGGUACCAAGCAAAGGUGGAGGAGCACACUGUACAGAUCACCCAAGAUUCAGAAGCCCUUCGUUCCACCAAGACGACAGUGACAGAACUGCGUCGCAAUAUGCAGUCUCUGGAGAUAGAGCUGGAAACCCUACGCAAUCAGAAACACAGCCUGGACAGUUCCCUUCAUGACACAGAAAGUCGGUAUGGUAUGGAACUGGAAAUGCUUUGUGCCCAAGUUCAGUCACUUGAAGGAGAGCUAACACAAGUACGCAAUGACUGCCAGAGACAACAACAGGAGUACCAGGCCCUACUAAACACCAAGUUAAGGCUAGAAUCCGAAAUCCAGACCUACAGACGUCUCCUCGACGGAGAUGAUUUCAGCCUUCAAGAUGCCCUCUCUGCAUCCUCUGCAUCCUCCACGCAGACGGUAAAGAAAGUCAUCACAACGACACAGAAAAUUAUAGAUGGAAAAGUUAUUUCAGAAAGUAACGACACACAUGUUCUUCAGUCCUAAAUGACACACUAUUGCCUGGAAACCUUUUUUUGUGUCUUUUUAGUUUUUAUGUCCAAUGCCUUUCAGUUAAUAAAGAAUCCAGGUUUUGCAUA